AUGUCUGCAUCACCAGCACCAUUCAAGACCCUUGAGGGAAAGGUCGCCCUCGUAACAGGCUCCGGUCGUGGAAUUGGUCGAGGUAUCGCUCUUGAGCUCGCUGCCCGUGGUGCAAGCGUUGUUAUCAAUUACGCCAACUCUGCUGGACCAGCUGAAAAGGUUGUCAAGGAAAUUGAGGCACUCGGUAGCAAGGGAUUUGCUAUCAAAGCCGAUGUCUCCAAGGUUCCAGAAGUCAGACGUUUGUUCGAGGAGGCUAAGGCACAUUUCGGUAAGCUCAAUAUUGUUAUGAGCAAUUCGGGUACCGAAAUAUUCAAGGACGAGGAAGAUGUUACCGAAGACGAUUACGACAGAGUUUUCGGCCUUAACACCAGAGCUCAAUUCUUUGUCGCUCAACAAGCUCUUAUCCACCUCGAGGAAUACGGAAGAAUUGUUUUGAUGUCUUCUAUCGCUGCCAAUAUGUCUGGUGUACCAAACCAUGCUUUGUACGCUGGGAGUAAGGCGGCCGUCGAAGGUUUCGUUAGAUCUUUCGCCAAGGACUGUGGUAAAAAGAAGAUCACAUGCAACGGUAUUGCUCCUGGUGGAAUCAAAACCGAUAUGUACGAGCAAAAUGCAUGGCAUUACGUUCCAGGUGGAUUUGAGGGCAUGGAUGUAGAUAUCAUUGAUAAGGGACUUGCUUCCGUAUGCUCACUUGGACGUGUCGGUGUUCCACAAGAUAUCGGAAGAGUUGUAUCAUUCUUGGCAGGCCCUGAAUCUGAAUGGGUCAAUGGACAAAUUCUUCAGCUCAAUGGUGGUGGAAAGUAA